UACAACGUUAAAAACGACAUAUUUGAAAACGUUACAUGUUAUAAAGUAUCGUUGUAAUAACGUUGUGUUAAUGAUUUCUUACUUACUGAGACUAAAAACGUUUUAGAUUCAUAUCAAUAGUUGUUAUUCUGUAACUUUUAACGAUAGUUUAAUUAUAGUUACAUCGUGAUUUGCGCACUUUUCCUGCCAUAUAUUACACCUACACAAUGGCAACGCAACAGUAACAACACUCGUCGUUAAAAGUUACAGAACAGACGAAACACGACUGAAAGACGUGUAAAACACGCGCCACCUUUCUCAGACGUCACUUGGACGUCUUCUAGAAAUUUCAGCUGACUGGAUCUUCUCCCGCGAUUUCUUGCGACGCGCUUCCCGACGGAAUAAAAAUCGUGCGUCGCUCGAAAAACGAAGCGAGGUGGAAUGAAAACGGGAGAAACGACGCGGGCGACGACGCGCACUGGCGCACACGUUCCCAUGUCUUUCAUAGCUUCCAUCGCUUUUUUGUCGCGAGGGGACGCCUAGUACCGGGUGUCUGUUAAUUUCCCUUAAUUAAGCUCAAUCGGGGUUAAUGCACCGCAGCUUGACCCUAGUUUACCAAAUCCAACGCGCACCCUCUGCGCCCAUCCGCUCGCGCGGUCGCGAUCGUCGGCCGAUGAGUGAAAAUUCGCGAGAUCUUCCGUGUGAAAUCGUGAAAACGUUUCUUUCUUUCCAACGUUCCGGAGCGAUUCGUGCAUCGCGUAACCCGCGAGCAGCCUUCGAGAGAGAGAGAGAGAGAGAGAGGGGAGAGAGAGAGAGAGGAAGGGAGGGAAAAAAAGUGACGUGUGCUAUCUUUCUUCUUUUUUCGCCUCCCUCAUUACCUUUCAUCGGCCUCGAGUGGCCGUCAUCAGUAGCCGGGCGCAUUGAAAGAUGUCGAAAUUAACGCGCGGUAUCGUUCACCGGGCGUCUCGCAUUAUUCCCUGUGGAUCCUCCAGACGACCCACUUCCGUCGCGCGUGCGACGCCCUUCGUCACCGUUUUUCGAGCCCCACAAAUAAUAAUGGACUUCUCUCUCUCUCUCUCACUCUCCCACUUUCUCUCCCUCUCGCCGUGCGAUUAACGCUCAUUCUCCGUCGUCGUUGUCUACGUAGAAGCCGGGAAUUAUUUUAAUGCGCCACGCGCUGGAGAAAAAUUUGCAUAUCGUAAAUCUCAACGCCCGUCCCACGCGCGUGACAGUCGGACACUCGCUCGUGGAUUAUUGCUCACUCAAAGUUAACAAUUUUAGUGACGUGACAUGCGAGAUAAAUAAACCACGCGCGCGAGAGACAAACGGCAGCAUUAAAUCACGCUGCCCUGUGAUUGUUGUUAUUGAUAAUUUAAAGUAGGACUCGAGUUUCGAUCAAAAUUCUAAAAUAACAGCUCGAAACGACCAGACGUAUUUUUCCACAAGCCUGUACAAAAUAUUUAUAAUUUUUAAUGAUCUCAAUUUUCCAAAAAGCUCGGGAUAUUCUAUCGGUCAUUAAUUCGUCGUUAAAAUUGAAGGACAGUUUGACGAUUAGUCCGCUGCAUCGUGUAAGUUAAAACAAAUUUCCAAUCACGAAAAAUCUAAAUUAAAGAGUUUUAAAUAUAGUUUUAUAAAAGCUCAGAAAAAGCGCUAUUUUUCCCAUUUUUCCGCGAAUUUUUUUUUUUUGCUUAUCUUCUUUACGGGACAAAAAUUAAUGUGGCAAGUUUGAACCGUGCGCACAUGAAUUUUCCUAGUCGAAUUUUACCAUCCUUGGGAGAAAAAUCGAAGAAAACCGCGAAAAAAAAUGGGAAGACCCGAUUUUUUCCCGAGCUUUUAAAACUAUAGUCUUCAACAAACGGGCGUAUUUCUCUCUUCAAGCCGGCGCAAUCCCGCGUAAUGUUUGAUAAUUUCAAUUUCUCGGGACAAGUUGCAGAGAUUAUAUCGAUCGUCAGUCAGUCCGUCGUUGAAAUUGUCGGGCACACUUUGACGGAUCAGUCCGUGGCUAGCAAUUCAGGAAAUGGUUUUGACACAAGCGCGUCGUCGCGCAUCCGCUUUGCGUCAGCUCGCUCGAGAGGCGCGUACCGGAAUUUUCGAUCGUAGUUUCCUCCUCGUGAGAAUCCCACGAGAAUUCCUCGUGUGCUCGCGAUAAUGUCCGCGCGACAAUGCGUCGCUGGCCUGCCAGUCGUCAUCAUCGCCGAUACGCGAAGUGAGCGACGCGUUUGUUUACGCUCUCGCGUUCGCUCCGGCUAAUUUCCAAGGCAAAUCACUGGCCGACGGAUAACCGACAGAUCAUCGGGCAAGACAUACACAGUCUAAGUAGCGGUCGUUUCGAUCGCCGUUAUUCUGACCAUUUCGUGUGAACGUAAUCACCGUGGCGUGCUCCGAAUCAUGUCCGCGCGAUUAGUCAGCCGCUUAAGUCAUUCGCUGAAGGAGAACACGGCUCGAAUAUUUAAUUCUUCGCUUCCGCUCGCGUGAAUGUCGCAGGCCUUCGAGGUCGGUCGAGGCCGAAUGGAAUCGUUGGAUCGGACUUUCGACACCUUCGGCACGGCGGGAACGAUGGACGGCACGGCUACGUGGUUGACGCACCUCGCGGAGAACGCCACCAGCAGCACGCUCGUCGACGAGGAGAUGUCAAGAUUCCCGAAGCCGCUGAGGACCUUCGCGGCGGUAGUGGCGAUCAUCAUCAUGAUCAUCGGCCUGGCCGGCAACCUGCUGACCAUCAUCGCUCUCUGCAAGUAUCCCAAAGUCCGCAAUGUCGCCGCUGCCUUUAUCAUUAGCCUGUGCCUCGCGGACUUCGUAUUCUGCCUUCUGGUGCUGCCGUUCGACUCCAUCAGGUUUAUCAACGCCAGCUGGGCGAACGUGGAUUUCCUGUGCGUGUUGGUGCCCUUUCUGCGCUACGGAAACGUCGGCGUCAGUCUCCUCUCCGUCGCGGCUAUCACUAUUAAUAGGUACAUCAUGAUAGCCCACCAUGCGAUAUAUGGCAGAGUCUACAAGAAGUACUGGAUCGCUGCGAUGAUAAUCUUCUGCUGGGUGUUCUCUUACGGGAUGCAGAUACCUACGUUGUUGAAAGUGUGGGGUAAAUUCGACUACGACCCCAAUCUGGAAACCUGUUCUAUCGUUAAGGAUAGUUACGGCCGCACAUCCAAGACGUUCCUCUUCGUCAUGGGCUUCCUGAUACCUUGCGUGGUGAUAGUCGGCUGCUACGCGAAGAUAUUCUGGGUGGUGCACAAAUCCGAAUCGAGAAUGCGAAAGCACGCAGGACCGACGAUCAAAUCACCCCAUACGCCCGGAAGGGACAUCAAAGAGAUCAAGCAGAAGCGCAGCGAAUGGAGGAUCACCAAGAUGGUGCUGGUGAUCUUCCUCAGCUUCCUCGCGUGCUAUCUACCAAUCACCAUCGUCAAGGUGGCCGACCCGGAAGUCAGAUAUCCCGCGUGUCACGUUUUGGGAUACCUGCUGUUGUACUUCGCGUCGUGCGUGAAUCCGAUCAUCUACGUGAUCAUGAACAAGCAGUACCGGCAGGCGUACGCCGGCGCGAUCGGUUGCUCCUGGGUAAGGGUGAGCCUGACGCCGUACGGCAGCAGCGCGCCGGGUGGCGGUCUUCAGGUUCAGCAGGACUUCGCCCAAGACUAUUCGAAGGACUUCAGCAAAACGAUGGUGUCGACGGUCUCUAUCGCCAUGAAUCCCGUGAGGAAUUCGCAGUUCCAGGAGGAACCGUGAACGAGCGCGAGCAGCUGAUAUCGGCGACCUGAAGAGAACGGAUGUGUCGUCUCUUGACGCAGGAAAACGAAACAAGAAGGGACGGGAGGAGGGAGCCGAGGCGUUCGUAACAUAGCAAGACUGCGUGUUACCGAGCCCAUUUUUCGCAUAAUCUUCGCACCUAGAAAGAGCCUUUCGUUUAUUACUACGGAACAGCACAUGUAAAUCACUCGCUCGCCGAAGAGCGACAAUCUGCGAAGAUAAGAUUAUUGCACGCGUAUUUAACUUUCCGUGACGUUCGCCGGAUCAUUGUCCGACGAGCGCCGACUUUCUACCAAAGGUUGUCAUACGAUUGCAAUGACGCAUUGUAAAUAAAGAGCGCGAUCAACUUUGAUAUAUUUAAGAUGCGAACGGUAAAAUUAAAGCGACGACUACAAUAGACUGCAGUAGUUAUUUUGUUAUGUAUUUUAUUUACGCAACGUGUAAGUUCAUUGGCGCGUAAGUUUAUUAUAAUGAACAGUAAAGAUUAAUAAUAUAAAACAAUGUUGUGUGUAUGAUGUUGUAAUAUAUGAACUUUUCAACGAGAUA